GCAAAAAGUUGUUUAGAAAUCCCCAGAAAUCACUGGUUACCAGUUCAAAGCGCUACUACUUCAGGGAGGUUAAUUUGCCAACUCCUUUACUUUGUGAACAUGGUGACAGAAAGUAUGAUAACGUUUCUGCUCAUUGUUGCAUCGAUCGAAGCUCGGUAUGUAUAUAUCAUUUUUUCAUAAAUUUUUUAGAUUGUGACUGUAGCUGACUAGUAACUAGUCUUUUUUUGUAAUUUUUCAUGUCCUUUCAUGAUUUUAUAACGGUUUAACGAAAACACUACGGAGUUCUGUAGGAGAAAGAACAAAGGAUAGUCAACUUGUUCACGCUAACCUUCUACUGGGUUGUCUCUUCUUUCAGUUUACUGGAUACAUUACAAUGUCAGGUGUAUAUGUUUCUGGCGCUUGCCUGCUCGAUCUCAAUUCUAACCAUUUCUAUGUAAACCUACUAAAGCGGGUAAUUAGAUAACAAAUAUCAGUAUAGUAUUUUAUAUUAGUCCAUUCGCCUUUCAAGAUAUUGAGGUAAAGGCAAUCGCUGAAAGUGUUUGUUUCGAAUUAACAGAAUAACACUCAUUAUUUUUUUCUAGUCAUUAACAAACCGUAAAUCAGCUUACUUAAGGAAAGGAAAAGGUUUAUGUUUCAGUUUCCAAAAGCCACUCAUCAUCAUUCUCCCAUAAAUAGGUUCUAAAUUUUUAUAACAAUCGACCGUGACAUAAAAGAUAAAUACAAAUUGUAAGCAUUUACAAUGAAAAAGAUAGAUGCAUUAGAAAAAACUCUUUUUAUUUUAAAAUUUGUAAAGCUUUUAGCGUAGUAUUAUUAAAAGCCAGAUGCCAGCUAUUGAUCAGAAAAAUUCUAGAAUUUGAGUGUAGUUAAAGAAAUAGCUUAGAAUUAGUCGAAAGUUUCACUCUUACAUUGUCAUCCUUAUCUUUUUACCGGAAAAGUAUUCGGACAAUAACUAAAUCGCAGAAUUAGAUCUUAGUGACAAAAUGCAGUGAAAACACGACCUCUGAAAAUCGAGAUUUAUAUGGAAAUUUCUAGGUAAUAUUUGCUCAGUGGAACAGAAUAAAAAAGUCGAAGGGUGCUCUUGCAUGAUCGCCGAUAUCACCGAAUUUCAGAUAAAAAACCACCAGGGGAGAAAGUGUCAAAUACCAGUCCGGCCGACGAGAAAAGUACAGUGAGCCACGCCCCACGACACUCCCAUUUAUACGACCACCACUGUACUACAAGCACAUUAUGUGGAUCAAAAUUAAAACACUCAGUCACUCUCUUUUUAGACUUUCAAAAAAGUCCUCAGUCCGAUUUAAUAUGCAGCGGGACCUCAAGGUCACGUGACAAAUGUGUGAGCAAUCGGCUGACAUACCAGUCGUUGGGCCAGCGCGGUCCCAUGGCUGACUGUGUCCCUUUAAGCUCGAGGGCAUCUUAACACAGAAUCUUUGGACUUCAUAGGUACCUUUUGUGCCAGUUUGACGAUAGUAGGGGAAUUAAACAUUUCCUGGCUGAAUUAAAUAUCAAAUUUGUCAACUUUUUCUUCCUUUUGUAUUCACGAACACAGACAAAUUCAAGUUCCCCGAAACUUGGGUGACGUCUGUCAAAACAUAUGGAAUGCAGCCGGUAAUAACAUGGUCGUGGGGACGGACAUGACAGUGAACACAUCAUCUACAGCUACAAACUUGUUUACUGUAACUUCGACCGGCCAAACCAAACUCCAGCAGCCAGUAUACACUAGUUUCAAGGGUAAAAGCUACAGUAUUCUCUUCUACUCUAUGUAAUUUUAUUAACAGAGAAUUAAUCCCGAAUCAAGUAUUUACUAGUCCUCGAAUUAAUUUGAGUAAUUCUGUUAGCAUCCCAUCCGAGAAUAGCUUAAGCCGAGGUAAUAAAAAAAAAAAACACGAAUAAGGAGCAAACAAACAACACAGCAGCAGGGGCAACAAUUAAAAAAAAAUUAACAACAACAGAAAACAAUUUUGCAAAAUGCUUAAGGUGCCUAAACAAGGGAGGGAGUUCUGAAGAUAAAAUCAACGUGUCUUGAAUGUAGGUUAGGUUUUAUCAGUGAAGGUUACUUAGGGAACUUCCCAGUAUCAUGAAAUCAUUAAAAUGUGUAACACUGGGUUCUUCUGAGCACACCCUUAUCUAUGAUGUGGAUAGCUUUCAAGUACAGCUGGCUUAAUCUCAACUCCUCCAUGCACUUACUCCAUGAAUUCAUUAUACCGAACACGUUCCACAAGAAUCUCCGGUCCUUACUUGACGAUUGGCUGGAGAAAAAUUUCUUGGCGAGAAUUGUUGUCCAGCGGCUCUCCUUCAGAUGGGUUAACCGGAAAUUCCGUUUGAAAAAUUAAAUACCAAUACACCAUCUAUUUUCAGUAGGUCAAGCCUCUGGAAAAAUAAGGCAAGGCGAUGUAACCUUAGCUUUCUACUCUUCUUCGGGUUUCCAUUUGAUUUGUAUAUACUGCGUAGCAAGCUAGUCCUUCUCCCAAAAGGUCAAAAAUGCACAAGAUUUCCAGCUGGAUGAGUAUGUUGUAUGAUAUACAGGGUGUCCCAAAAGUUCGUUCCCCUAAAUUCAUGCACCAUAACUUUUAAUCAAAACUUCAUUUUUACAUAAAAUUGCUAGAAGAUGUUUAUUUUUCUAUUGAGUACAUGUAUUCAGAAUUUCAGUAACUGGCAUGCCCUUUUUGAUUUUUGUAUCACAUUCUGUAGCCGUUACGGCACGAAGUGGGAUACAGCGUGUAGACCCACAGAUGAUCCAUUUUGAGCUUUUUUAUCACCUGGUGCGCAAGAGCUAGUUCAACCACCCAACCAAUAUUUGUUUAGUUUAGGCAGCUGGAAAAAAUAGAUUUUUGGCAUUCAUCCAAAAAAGAUAAUAUCCCGGCUUCCUUCCACAGCAAGGUUUGGUACUUCUCUUCAACUUGAGACGAACUGGGCGUUACUUGGCAGACUAAGCAGAGGUUUUUUUUAUUUGCCAUCUCAGGGGUCUCUAAUUUUAAACAUUUGAAACAGCUUUUCGUGACCCUUUCUGGACUUGGCUUGCUAACUAUCUGAGAGCUUUCUCGUCGAGUCUCCUUUUUUGUAACUAGCUUUUCUUUAAAACUAUUUAGCUGCUUUAUUCAGGAGUUUUGGUCUUAACUUCCCCGUCAUUUCUUGCCUUCAAAACCUUCAUUCCUUCACGAUCAUUUUAUCACCUAACAUUCGGUAUUUUUCCAGUUUUUUAGCAGUUUCUACGACAGAUAAGCCAGUAAAUCGAAAUAUACAUGCUCAUCUCCCGAAAAUAGCUAAACGUUUUUGCGUUAAGGGGAUUUAUCUUUCGUGAUAUUUACAAAAAACAAGGAAGGAGUUCGAGCAAUUCAAGGAUAAAAUGCAAAAAAAUAUGUGGCUGGAAAAUACACUCGCGCACGAACACCUUUGGCGCGGAAUUACACAAAUCGAAUAUUCGAAUCAAAAAAUAGCACAACAAGUAUGAAAAUGGUGAAUUAGACUGAAAGACAAAUUUGUUUUCAAUGAUUUGCUUACCAAGUCCAAUCGUACUGAAAUACAGACUUAUAAAGUAGAGGAACGAACUUUUGGGACUCCCGUGUAUAUAUCAAGUAGCCUGCGUAGCAAGCGUUUCCAGUCGAGUUGUUAGAGCGGGAGCAAAAAAAAAAAAUGGAAGUGGGAGGGGGAGGGGAGAAGAGGAAACGCUUGCCCGCAAACCCCACGAUUCUGGAAAAGGCCCCUUGAUAUUUCACGGCUCGGUUGAUUUGUAAAUUGACAGCUCGUCAAGAUAGAUAACGAAUAGAUUCCCAGAUUUGAAAAAAUUACUUUGUUCCCUAAAACACGCUCCACGCGAUUGCAAAAUUGUAGUAAAAAGAAGCUUUACUAUAAAAGAAGGUUGAAACUCUAAGCGAUUGCUGCGGAAUUUCUUAUUCUUUAUAGUUGAGUUAAAAUUUUAACGUUAUGUGGCUUUAUCUCAUCUGAAACCUUGUCAAAACGUCACAAAGAAAUGAUUUGUCCGGAGCAAUUCACUCCGCCGGCUAUGAAUUUUGCAGAGCAGCUGCUCUCCAUAGGCCAGCCAGUGUUGAAAAGUUCACUACAAUACAUGCCGCUCAAUGUCCAAUCACUUGUCCAUGGCAGCUCUAGUUAGUGUCUAGUACUCGAUGUUCUGAUUUACGUUGAUGUUAUCUCCAACAAACAGUCCAUUUUUUCCAGUCAGAUACACACCCCGUCAUUCGAAAUAAAUUGGCCUUCACUAGUCUCCACUGCUCGAUCUCCAAUUGUACUUUUGAUCGAAGGGACUCAGAUCUGGUAAACCUUCGCACAAACAUGAUUCAAAUAAAUAUCAGACCAAAGCAUUUGUAAUCUGCGACCACAAAUCAGAUCAGACCAGAUCUGCAGCAUACGUAAACCAAACAUACCUGGUUUGAUUGAUGUAUUGAUUGCUAUUUAAUCAACACUACCAGCACCGCACCAAUCAAAAACUGCGUUCGUGGGCGAACGCAGUUUUUCAAAAUCGUGGGGUUUGCGGGCAAGCGUUUCCUUCGCUCCCUUCCCCCUCCCCCCUCAUUCCUUUUUUUUUUACCUUGUCCCAACUUUCUCGACGAACUCGCGCGGAAACGCUUGCUAUGCAGGCUAUAUAUCAAGCAACGAUUUUGUCCGCAAAUAUUCCGCUCAGGCUGGCUUUUCCCAGGUACUUCGAGAAUCCCUUCUAAAAAAGACAAAUUGCUGACACCCAUCUAGGACGUAAAUUAAAAUGUCGUGUUGUUUUAAGGUUCAUGAACCACGACUAAUCAAUAUUUUCGUGCCAGGAGAAGAUACUUGGCUUGUUUUGCGCCGAUAAAUCGUAUGCAACAUGACGAUAAACUUUGGGAAGUAGACAGUUACCAACAAGUAUGGCAGCUUCUGUCGGAGGGGGACUGCACCACAUCAUUUCCCAGGGCGUUAAGUGUACGUACAUCAUAUUUGCUUUGUUGGAGCUAACUUAGUUUUAAAAUUCUGCUUAAGCCCUUCUAGAUAACUACAUUUCAGACGAGACAAAGCCGGAAAUUCCUGCUUCUCAGAAGUCACAAAAGAAAGACAACUUUAUCAACACUAUCGCCGUCGAAGGAGGUCCCGUAGAUAUUGCUUUUAAAUAUCUAAAGACAAAUGGGAAGACUACAGCAACAGUAAGAUUUUUUUUGCGGAAUUUUUUGUCUUCCUCUUUCUCUGAAUUAUACGAAGCGUGACGGAAGCGUUGUGCGGAAGCCAUCCUCGAGCACCCUUCCAUAUCACGCACUGACAUGGCUUAAGUAACCUCUUCUUCUAACCUUUCUUGAAUAGAUUUUCACUGUGCACCAGUCCCCCUCAACCCCAGCCACCGCCUUGACUCCUUGAUUAUUAUUGAUGCAGCAUUUGAAAUUGGCCAGCUAAAGCAACAGAGUAUUAUAUAAGCCUGAAACGUUAAAGAGCACGGCACGAACAAAGCAAGGAUGGACAAAAUAAAAAAAAAAUGUAAAACAGGUUGCAGAACUGUUUAGCCGUCCGUUAGACCCUGUUAGUACAUAUAUUGUUAGUACAUAAAUGUCUGUUAUCUUAAACUUUGGAUCACAGCAUAUUAAUCCUUUUCUGUCUUGUAGAUGUGGUAUUAGAAAUAGUUUCUUUCAUAAGUUUAGCAUGCUGGCUAACGUAACAAAAUUGAUUCAGCCGAAACUGUCCCGUCACAGCUGUUGAAGGUUGAACUAACAUAAUUUUCAGGUUGCUUGUCUUUAGACUACAUGUUUCACUGAUUUUAAUUCUUGACUGUUAGUGGUGUCGUGUUUUCUGAAAACUCCAAUAGGACCUAAACGCAUUCAAGGCAGCAUUGAAGACGAUGUGGUUUGCUAAAAACGCUAAAGGAGAAUUAGGAGUACCGCAUUGUUCUGGAUUUAAGCAUACAUUUGUUGGUAAGCACAUUGCCGAAUAAAGAAUCGGUUUUAAGGCCACCGAAAUGUAAUCUUCCCCCUCCACAUCCAGUCUCAUAAACCACACAAAAUCCUUUAUGAAUUUUUAUAAACCCAGGGCAUAUAUUAAGACCUACAUGUUUCGCACUUUUGUAAACUGUUAGUCUUAAUCAUUGAUUAUACAAGACCUCGAUGUACAAUUCGUUAUAGCCUGUGCUAGCCUCUCGGUCAGUGCAUACGAGCGAAAAAUAACGGGAAGAGAGAAGGGGAGAGCCUGCAAGCGUCUUCAAAAAUACCACAGUCUGCCCAGUUUCAGAAAAACCGUUUCUCGUAUCAAAAUGAUAAAUGUUAAAAUGUCAAAAUGUGCGUGUAGGAGGGUUUCGCACGCUCGCUAGAUAUGCUUUUUCUUUGUCUCUGCGUGAGCGAAGCUAAGCGAUUGAUGUCGUUGACAUAAACUGUCAAAAUUGACCAACCACGGGGUAUUCUAGGCGCUGAUGAUAUUCCGGAAUGAGGUAUUGAAAACAAAGCGAAUAGAGACAAAUACAAACUUUUAACCAUUUUUGGUCUGUACCUUUUCCUGACGUCAAGUUUUGUGGAACUAUGGUAUGGCAAGUGAAGAUAACAGGUUUUGGUCUAAUUUCGCGCCAAAUAGACUGCGCCUCAAGACGAAGUAAUUAUAAGAAUACGUCAAGACGGUCUGCGAACCAGAAAUUCGGCUAUUUCGCAUUCGGAUAGCCAUGAACUCUUCAUAGAAACGAGGUUGCUAUUUUAUAUGUUCCUUCGAAUAGGUUGGUUAUAGGCCAGUUGCACCAAGAGGUCACGUGACCAAUGCUUCCUUUAAACGAUGAGUUGGAAUCUUGCUGAUGCCAAAAAUUGACAGAGCACAUAAAAAUUAUCUUACACCCGAAAUUUGAGAGGAAACGCAUUUAAGGGAGAUAUUUUAUGGCACUUUGAUUUUUCAACAAAGUAGUAUUAUUUGUAUUGGCCGCCAUGCAUGUUGGAGGGCAUACUCUUGCCCUCCAACAUGGCGGCCAAAACUACUUUUUGCUUAUAUCUUGUUAAACGUUUGAUAGUUACUCUCAGAUGUGCUGUAAACGCUACCACAUUAUCUUUUCAACAUUUCGCUUGAACUUUAAGUGCAAAAUGUGUGUUCAGAAAGAGGUAAUUCAUAAUUUUAAAAUCACAUUUUGGUCACGUGACCAGUUACGAACUUACUCAUUUUAAGGAAAUGGUGCGGGUUUGAAAAACCAAAUCACUAUUAUUUUGUUUAAGAUCGUUUUUUGAAGGCAAAAUUAUGUAACUUUCAUGUUCAUAAAAAACGAUGUCACAUGACCUCUUAGUGCAAAUGGCCUAUUGCCUUUUCAAAUUUGGUAAGCGCCACGUGGUUGUGGAGAAUUUAGCCGGGGGAUUUGAGCCAGUCAGUAAAGGUGAAAUGUUUUGGGUUAUAAGUCCUGUGUUACGUCCAACUAUUGAAAGGAGACGUUCGGUUGGCCAGAGAUCUUUUAAAUUACAUACACACAAGAAAAAGGAAAUAAAAGAAAAGACCAACAUCAUCACGUUAACAAAUCUAAAACGUUUACCAAUGCGGUCACAAGGGAUAAUUAAGUAAUGCUUUGUUUAAAAUCCUGGACUGCCACAGUGUCUGUUACGUUAAAUGAGGACGUUCUUGCAUAAAUUACUUCAUCAGGUGAACUGGUCGUCGACAAAGAAGGGACAACGGUAGUAAAAGGUCUUCACAACUGGUACCAGUUUCUUCUUGAACACACGGCAGGUAGAUUGGCUUACUCUCCACCCCCAAUGAAUGUUGUGGAUACGACUAAAAAGGUAAGGGUUUAAUCCAAAAAGAUUAGGAUAGUAUCCUAACUCGGUCAAUGAAGAGACGCUUCCCUAAAACAUUUUAUCCUUCACUAGAACUUAGGACUGUUUUUGGCGAGUCAAUGUCUCUCUCGAGAUCUCCCUCACGUUACAAGGCCUCAUGAUCAGUCAGGGGAGUUUCCGGAAGAGACAAUUCGCACAUUCAGGAUAGGUGAAACUUUCUCUGAUUUGUAGAAGUAAAACAUGAUACGUUUUUUGCGUCAAAUGGAAAAUCGGAAAAAAUCCGAGCCCCAGAUGGGAUUUGAAACCACGACCCUCCGUAUUCUAGUCAGAUGCUCUAACCACUGAGCUACUGGAGACUCAAGGGCGUGAAAGGGUGAAAGUGGGUCUUUACUAGAACUGCAUCACGCAGUUACAUAGUCCAACCAGGACAAGCUCGUAUGACAUGAAUAGCUGCAUCACGCAGUCAACGGUAUAUCGUAGAUGCAACCAUCCAACCACCAAGUGAGCCUUUUUUUUUGUAGAAGUAGAAUAUGAUAUGUUUUUUAGCGGAGCUCUCGCGCGCAGCGGAACACCAUUGGUAAGAAAAUUUGGUAAUCUAUGCAUCCAAGAAAUUUUGGUUCAGGGAAGAAAAAACAAUAUUGUGUUAUCAAAAAACAAUACAAGUUGUUCUGAAUCAGCUUUGCAGUAGUCUUUGGACUUCUCGUUCUUGGUACGGAGUACGUCCGUACGUACGUCCACCCCUUCAUGUUAGCGGAAGCAAAAUGGCACACUUAAUACUAUCUGUUGAAAACUUGGUAUUGGACAUCCCUGUUAUAGUCAGUUGACAGCUGUCAAAAAGGGUAUCCGCUGACCAGUGUCAUAUGGUUGCAUCGUGGGCUCAGGUAUACAAGUCAUGGAGGCGACGUAAUUUUUGAAAGCUACCAGUUUUUCGUUUUCGAUUGAUCGCGGGCUCAGGUCGAUUUUUUAAAGAUAAAAUUCAGUUUGCUCACUGCUUACGGUAAAAGGUGAAUUAAUUGAGGAAUACAUUUUUUAAAGCAUCCCUCGAGAGCUUCGCUUUUGGCCUUGGCUAAAUCUGUAUAUUACAUCAAAUGGAAACUUGGAAAAAAUCCGAGCCCCAGAUGGGAUUUGAACCCACGACCCUGCGUGCCAGUCAGAUGCUCUAACCACUGAACUUCUGGAGACUCAAUGGCGAGAGAGGGUAAAUGUGGGUCUUUGGCUAGAACUGCAUCACGCGAUCGGGCCGGUGGCUUAUUACAUUUUGCCUGAUUUUGCCCCAUAUUAGGUAAUCCGAAUCCCGGAAUCCGGGAAAAUUUUCCCUAUGGAUUCCGGAAUCCUAGGCUUUGAAAUCCAGAAAUCAGUUGUAGAAAUCCAGCUUCCUGCUAAGGAUUGGAAUCCAGAAUCCAAUUUUCAAUGACAAGUGAUCCAGAACCCAUAAUGGGGAGGCCAGAAGCAAAGACAAUCUUGGAAAAAAUUCCUUCAUGGUCUUUCACGGGGCGAUAUAUCAUUAGCGUAAUUAUUGUGCGCUUGUAUUAUCUUAAAGUGAUAUCACCGUUGUUUGUUUGCAGCCACCCUUUAUAAAGGUCAGGUUUACUUGGAAAGGAGCUAGCAAGCCAAAGGGUAGCAGCUUUUACGUGGGUACAAGCCCUGCAUUUGAAGUGGCGCUUUACACAGCAUGUUUCUUUGGUGAGCCAGGUUACUGCACCUGCAAUGUGGACGGAAAGCAGCUUAUGAUAAAGACUAUCAAAUGUCAAAAUACUGCAAUGGUGCGCACCUCUUAUCCUGUAGCAUAA